AUGGACGAAAUACCCGAAAAGCACACUUGCUCAAAGGAGGAGCAAGCUCCCCUGACUUCACAGUCGCGAAAACGACAGAUCGACAGCCAUAGCGACGACGAACCUCUAGCGAAAAGAGCGCGAUUGACGCGAAAGAACCUAGCCUUGUUCGACAAGAUGGGCAAAAAGAAGGCUCCGGAAUCCUCAGAUGGAUCAACAAAGACCACCUCGACGACGACGUCUGGUUUUGCCGACAAAGCCCGAGGGAACGGUAUCCUUCCUUCGUGCUACUCCAAGCUCCCUACGGACCUUGAGGAUGUCCGCCAGCGACACGCUGCGCCUCGUGCUACUGUGUCACCUACGGAAUCAGUGUAUAAGCACUUUGUCAAUAGAAUUACGAAAGCCGACAAUGAAGCGACCAUAAUCGUUGAAGUGAGUAGGCGUCUACUGAAGGAAUACGACGACAAGGGCUACAAAAGAACAUUCAAUCAACAGUUUACAGACUUUCCGAAAAACGUUGGCUUCAACAACGGCUUAUCUACUCCUAAGCCCAACUUCAUCGAGGGGCUUGAGAAGGAGGAGUUCCGUCCGUUCCCAAUCGGAGAGCACGUCGACGGAGCCACCUUGUACCGAGAUAACCCUUAUUCUAUGACGCUGCCACAUAUAGCCGGAGAAUGGAAGGGCCCGGAUGGAAGCAUGAGAGAAGCAGAGCUACAGAGCAGCUAUGAUGGAGCGGCUCUUGCCUAUGCAAGGAAACAGGCCCUUGAUGUCAUGGGAAAGCCUUACCUCGCCGGUCACACGAAGAUCACGACUUUCACCACAGACGGCACGAAUUUCAACCUCUUCGCUCACUACGCUGCUGAAUCAGAGGAUGGCGAAACCGAAUACCACCAAUACCCCAUCUCCUCGACAAACCUAAAGAACUCGUUCGAAGAAUUUAAGAAGGGCCGAAGACAACUCAGGAAUGCCCAAGACCUUGCCAGGGAAGAAUCCUACAGACUUAAGGAUGAGCUCAAGGAUUAUUGGAAGCAUCGCAAUAACCUCCACGCCAUCGCCGAGGCAGCCCCUCUGUCUGCCCCAGAUUACGAACCCCCGGCCCUGAUGGGCACUUACGAGGGAAUCCAGCCUCUGCCUGUGCCAGGCUUAGAGCCACCAAGGGCAUACAACGACGAAGCCGAUUACAAAAUAGUGGAGCAACCUUGCCAACCAACGCCUACAGCUCCUACUAGACUACACAAAGCCUCACCCUCCCACUCAUCGAAAUCAAGCCAUAAUUCCAGCAACGACAGUCACAAGCGAAAAGCCUCAUCCUCGCAGACAUCCACCCCCGGUUCCCCCGGACAUGCAAGCAAGCACAGAAGCUACUGGAAAAAGGACCCCAAAACCGGAGACUACUAUCAUAGGCAUUCUGAUGGAAGCGUCUCCUGGCUCGAUGACGAUAAUGGACGUUGA